AGCGGAGCUUUUUCUAUACGACUCUCCCUCUUCUGUCCCCUUCAAUAACACACAGCAGGGCUGAUAGGCAGAUAUAUUUACACCGGUAUCAUGGGAGGAAGAAGUCAUCGGCCAAACCCCCGUCCAGCCUCCGUCUCCUACGGGCGGGUCUGUGGCGCAACCCCCAGGCCGCCUAGCCCCUCCCCAAGCGGGGCAUAUCUCUGUGUGCUUCGCCUGGCUCCCAACUCAGAGCUCUCAGCUUAGAUGGGACCAAAGCCUCGGCGAGACUCGCACUACUUCCACAUCGAGCCCCCCGGGGGGAGAGAAGGGGAGCACCCGGAGAUCCGCUUGCUAGUGUCAACACCGGCGACUGAGAGAAGCUCUGUUCUUAAUUUGUCUCAUUGGUUCAAUUUUGCCAAGAUCUGUAGAUGAGGUAGGCACGGUUUGCUGCAACUCAUCUCAGUCUUGGGGUCCAGAAGACGCCAAGGCCCGGGGGCCCAGGUGUGCAUGACUGUAUCUUGCAACUUUUGAACCCUGGAACUGUACUCCAAAGCAUUAUGACUCUUCUGGGCUCUGAACACUCCGUACUGAUACGAAGCAAGUUCAGAUCAGUGCUACAGUUAAGACUUCAGCAGAGGAGGACACGAGAGCAGCUGGCAGACCAAGGCAUCAUGCCUCACUCGGCCUCAGUCAGGUUCUCACUGGAGGACCAACUGAGGGUAAAGCGAGGCCGUCUCGCAGAGGAACUCAAUGAGAAGCUGGCUCUCAGGCCGGGGCCCCUGGAGCUGGUCCAAAAGAAUAUCAUUCCGCUAGACUCUGCCCUCGCCAUGACAGUAAACCAUGGCAAGUUCCCCAAGCAAGAGGACUCGUACGCCUUCGAGGAGGACAGCAGCAGUGAGAGUUUGUCUCCCGAACAUCAUCACAGCGACGAGUCUCAGGGCUCGGCCUGCCCUUCGUCGGAGGCGGUCGGCAGCAUGCAGUCCUCCUCUUCCUCCCCUGCACUCGCCGGCGCACAGCAGGAAGGCACAACCAGAGACCCGUCGGACCAAAGCCAGGACGAAGGACUAUCUGGAGUUUGCAACAACCAUGCCAACCCCCCACUGGCAGUUCCCGCUAUUGUCAAGUCCAAGACAUCAGACAAGAACCGCCAUAAGAAGCCCAAAGACAUGAAACCCAAAGUGAAAAAGCUCAAAUACCACCAGUAUAUACCGCCGGACCAGAAGGCUGAUAAGUCGCCUCCACCUAUGGACUCGGCGUACGCCCGACUACUCCAGCAGCAGCAGCUGUUCCUACAGCUGCAGAUCCUCAGCCAGCAGAAACACGCUCACACUCACUCCCAGUCUCAGCAGCACACACACGCAGGACAGAUGCCGAGCCAGUCUCAACAACGGCAGCCUGCCUUCAGUUACCAGCCGCACUCGCAGACGCAGAUGCAGAAAGGGUCCGGCGAGCAGCUGUCCGUUUGUACGGCCAGCGGUCCAUCGAACGCCGGAGACGGCAGCUCUUCCUCGCCAAUCAAGACCACGUAUCCCAACCAAAACAUCUCCCCCGUAAAGCCUGGACCCCUGCCAUCCAAUCUGGACGACCUAAAAGUAUCAGAGCUCCGGCAGCAUCUGCGUAUCCGCGGAUUGCCCGUGUCAGGUACCAAGACGGCUCUUAUUGAACGACUCCGGCCCUUCAAGGACUCCAAUUCCGGCUCAUCUCCAUCGGGCUCCUCGGAUGUCACCACCGUGACCUUCCCUGUGACUCCGACAGGCUCGCUCUCUUCUUACCAGUCUCCAUCCUCUUCCCUAUCGCAAGGAGGCUAUUACCCUUAUCCCAGCACCUCUUCUACCCCGCCAAUCUCACCAGCGUCUUCGGAGCAUUCCCUCAGUGGCUCGCUCCCAGACAGUUUCAGCGACGUGCCCAUGUCCUCUCCGCCGCAGUUUGCUCUGCAGGCAUCUCCGGGCCAGCUCGGCGCGGAUGAUGCGCUGGGAGCGGGUGGAUCGCGAGCAGGAGAGGGUGGAGGGAUGGAUGGCGUGGACGCAGAAAAAGACAAAAUGCUGGUCGAAAAGCAAAAAGUGAUUGAAGAGCUGACAUGGAAGCUACACCAGGAGCAAAGACAGGUUGAGGAGCUCAAGAUGCAACUUCACAAGAGAAAACGCUGCUAUGGAGCAACCGUCGCUCCAUCUCAGCCCCACAAUCUGUCCAUGCAUAAUCCGACUCCAUCGAUGAUGGGCCAUCACCCCUACGAGGUGAACAUCAAACAAGAGCCGAUGUCAUUGUCCUCAAGCUGUCCGCUCUCCUCGCCCAAACAUAUCAAGAGCUCCCCGGGGAACUGCAUGGAGGACAUGGGACAAUGCAACGCCAUGAUUCCAAAUAUGGGGGGAGAUUGCGGGCCACACUGUAUGAACGCCGCCCCUCCCUCGGCCAGCCCGUCCACCAUGACUGCUUUCCUCAGUCCGCAGUGCUCACCGCAAGACUCACCCAUCGGAAAGCCUUCCGGAAGCCCCCAGCCAUCGUCACCAAGCAACCCUUACAUGCUAUCACCUCCAGUGGGGAGGGACGGCUGCAGUCACCCCGCAUCCCACUGCGGCUCCAGAGGAUGCAUUAUGCAGGUACCUCACAAGGGUGCUUGUCAACCCAUCAACUGUUCUUAUCCUACCGACCAAAGAGGCCUUCAGGGAGUUUAUUCCAAUCCAUCAGAUUAUAGCCUCAAUCACAAUGGCUCAGCCAAGCCUGUCAACCCAAAUAUGCAACCAAAGAUGUCAUUUUUGCCCCCUCCUCGUCACGUUGGCCAAAAGUGCCACGUCUCCUUCAAUAGCUCACAUUCGUCUGACUUAAGCCGGCCCCCAUGCUAUGAGGAUGCAGUCAUGCAGCAACUGACCAGAAGUCAGCAGAUGGAUGAACUUUUGGAUGUCCUCAUAGAAAGUGGCGAGAUGCCAGCUAACGCCAGAGAAGAGAAGGAGAGGUCCUCUGUAACCAAAGUCUUGCCUCACAUUACUGUGUUCCCAGGGUACCCCAGCCUACUCGUCCCAAGGCUCCACCGCCACUACGAGCACCACUCACCCACACAGCUUCAUUUUGACCACCUGGACACUCUGCUGGGUCCAAUGAGCAGGGGAGGGGAGGCAACCUCUGUUAAGAUGGCCACAGAUGACAGGCACCAAGAAGACGAGGGAAACCGAGACAGCGAAGGAUACAGCAGCCCCCAUAAUCACCAGCGCCAUCCUCACCACCCCCAACAGGAGAAAGUCGGGGCCAACAGAGAUCUGCUGGACACACCGCUUUCACCUCUCAACAAAGUGUCUGCUAUCCCCGAAGUGCAGGGGAUGGUCAGCAUGGCUUUCAGUGAAACCCCGUGGGAGACGAUGGAGUGGUUGGACCUGACGCCGCCAACCUCAACCGCUGCCUUCAAUGUCCCAACGCCCAUCGUGCCCAGCAUUUUCAACGCAGAGUUCUUGGAUGUCACUGACAUGAAUUUAAAUUCUGCUAUGGACCUUCAACUGGAGCACUGGUGAAUACAGACAAGCCAAAGGCCAAGACACCAGCUUUUUUUUUGUAACUGUACAGAUCACAAGAACCAGCUACGGCAUUUUAGCGAAGAAAAUCAUCGAACUCCGAAGAGCCCAGGCCCCUCCAAUCUUGAUUCAGGCCAAUCCUGAUUCGUCACCAAAACGGACGUUAUCAUGAUGCACCUUAUGUGUAUAUGCUGCGGCAUUCAGAUCAAUCCAUUAUUUAAGGAAAAUAUUUCUCAAACACACGAUCGUGCCUGUUGAAAAAAAUAAUAUGCAAGUUUUGGACGUUGUCCCUCGGCCCACCGUUAUUCAAAGUUUUAUGGAAAUUGGUCAAGUAGUUUUUUGCGGUUUUUUUUUUUUUUUUUGCGGAGCAAUCACAUUCGACACUCAAUGACACAGUUUUUGCAUAAAGGAGCCUUUGAGAAAAAAAAAACAUCUCAUAUACAAACAGUAAUAGAGUCAUAGAUUUAAGACAGUAAAGUUCUCUCAAAAGACAGUGGAAAACAUUGGUUUGUGUUUUUCCAGACGAGUUGUCGAUACCACUUUCAAAACUGUAUUUUUUCAUCAUUCAGUCAUCCCUGAAAAAGCGAAUUCCCGGUGAAUAUGAAUUAAAUAUUCUUCAGACAAUUACAGGUACCAUAAAGCUUUAUCAUAUACAACUGAGAAAACGUUGAACGUGUUAACAGCGUCGUUACUCGAAGCCUGAUUUCUAUUUGUACGUUUUGGGGCCUAUGUUUGUGUGAAUAACUUCAGUCUUUGAAUGUAAAUAUGAACAAAACUCACUGUGCACCUUUAGUUUAAUUGAUACAGUAUUUCAUACACUUUGCUUUGUGGUAUUAAUACAAAUAUGCA